AUGACGAAGAAGAUGAAGAUGAAGAGGCAGGGGACGUGGACAAAACCCCUUUGGAAAAACAAAAUACUGAUUCUGAUUGCCACCGAAUCAGGCUCAAAGCAAAAGAAGCCACCGUCAUCUGCAUCAAACGGCGCUGGUGGUAAAGUGAAGACGCCGGAGACCUCACGGCUUUGGAGCGAAGCCGACGAGGUCGCGAUCUUGGAAGGAAUUAUAGAGUACAAGUCAAAGAAAGGAUCUGACCCAUAUGCGGAUUCCAGUGGGUUCCAUGAUUACAUCAAGCAAUCGAUCCAAGCCGAGGUGACGAAGAAUCAGUUGACGGAGAAAAUCAGAAGACUCAAGAAGAAGUACAAAAUCAACGCUGAAAAGGGGCGGAAUGGGAAUGAUCCUGUUCUAUCAAAGCCCCAUGAUCACAAAUCUUUCGAGCUAUCAAAAAAGAUUUGGUGUAAUGAAACUAAUGACAAGAGUAACAAGGGUCAAAAGAAAAUGAAGACUUUGGGCAUCGAAGAUGAGGACCUGACUGAAGUUAACGGUGAAGUAACUAUGGGAUUGCCCUGUUUUAUAAAAGAAAAGGAAGUCAAUGCUGACGUUUCAACUGAAGUUUGCUCUGGCAGUAAAGAGGACACGGUGGAUUUUUGGAAGGUUUAUCCGUGCUUGAAGGGGUCUUUUGAGACGGAAGGAUGGGAGCACGCCGGUGGUUUUUUGAAGAAGUUAGUGGAGAAGAAUGGCGAGAUUGGAAGAGACAAGUUGAACAAAAUGGAGAGAGCAUGGAGGGAGCUAAGGAGAGAGGACUUGGAGUUGUACUUGAAGAGGCUUGAGUUGGUUCAGGAAGUGGCUCAGGCUGCUUUGAAUGCUAUCAAGGGCUUUGAAAUUUAGGGGGAUGGUACAGCCCUUACAAGGAGGGAAAGGGGAAGGAGAUUUUGGCUCGAAACCAUGACCUCUAUAUCCUCAUAAAGCCUCCUUGGCCUCUAGACCAAGAGGUGGAGGACUUGUUAUUUGUAUCAUGCUAUAAAGGAAAGACGUUUUCAGAUUUUUGAGAUCUGUCUAGCUGUGUAAGGCUUAUAUGAUCGAUUCCUGCCUUUAACAGGUGGCUUCGCUAUUAAUGAACUUACCAGAGAGCAACCAAGUAAAUUCAUUACUCACCCAAUUUAAAUCUAUUUUCAGAUUAUUGAGAGUCUAUCAGGUUGGAUAAACAAUCCUCCCAUGGUGUGCUAACUUAUCAGUUCCCACGCAAGUAGAUCUUUCCCUCAAGUUCCAUUUUGAAAUUAUCCUUAAGGCUAUUCAUGGAGAUGGUCCAAUUAAGGGGUCUGGUACUGGUUCUGUUUUGUGAUUUCGAUAUGUUCUUGCUGGUAUAUAUGAUUUGAACUUGAAAAUUUUAUAGUGCUAUAUAUUUUACGUUACUGAUUAAAAUUUUGUCUUGAUGCGACAAAGAUGCUUUACCAAAGCUACACCAAGUUUUCAUUGCUAUCUUAAGAUAUUCAAUGGUUCUUGUACGUGGAAAUCACGUUUGCUUAUCUUGAUAUCACGCAUCUAGAUUAGCAAUGAGAUAAUUCAAAAUUUAGU